UCUCCCACGCCCCAGUACCUGGCGUGAGAGAGAACUCUUUUGUCAUUGAAUUACACGAAGGGAGGCUCUGAGACACCGCAUUCCUUGGUGUCUCCGCCUCCCAUUUCUACCGAUCUAUCUCAUAAUAUAACAGUUCGGACCACCUCCUUAAAUUCUUUUUCGCUGUCGUCUUGUUUUCCGUAUUUGAAUCAGAAUGUCGGUCAUCUCGAAUCUCACGGCGAGCCACACUGCCGUUACUUUUGCCGAAAGGAAGCUUAAGUUCAAUUUGAUGAAUAGAGCUAAUUUGAAGAUUCCUAGGCCUUACCAGAAUGGUGCAUUUAGUGUCUCUAAAUUAGCUGUUGGUCAAUCAAGUCGAGCUGCUAAAUAUCCAAGUGUACGUAUGGCAUUAGUGGACGAGAGGCUUGCUCGUGGCAGAGGCACAGCUGAUCCAUCAGGAGUCCUGGCAUAUGAGCUUGUUCAAGGUGCACUUGUAAAAUGGAGUUCUAUGAUGGACAAAUCAGUACCUGAACCACCAACUGCCAUUCUCCUUCAUGGCAUUCUAGGUAGCAGGAAGAACUGGGGAACUUUUGCUCGAAGACUGGCCCAGGCUUUUCCAACAUGGCAGUUCCUCCUGGUGGACCUGAGGUGCCAUGGUGAUUCAGCAUCAAUGAAGAAGAGACAACCCCAUACUGUUGCCUCAACUGCUCUUGACGUCUUAAAGCUGGUUGGAAAGCUUAGAAUAACACCCCGAGUUCUUGUUGGUCAUAGCUUUGGAGGAAAAGUUGCAUUGAGCAUUGUGGAACAAGCUGCCAAACCUCUUGCACGGCCUGUCAGAGUAUGGGUUUUGGAUGCUACUCCUGGAAAAGUUAGAGCUGGUGGAGAUGGAGAAGACCAUCCAUCUGUACUUAUCUCUUACCUCAGUAAACUGCCUAAGGAGGUCAGCUCAAAGCGGGAGGUUGUGAAUGCUCUUCUUGGAGAAGGUUUUUCCAAAGAUGUGGCACAGUGGGUGGUAACGAACCUCCGAUCUACCAGCCCUCUUGGUUCACCAUCAUCAAGCUUCUCAUGGGUCUUUGAUCUUGAGGGAAUUGCUGAAAUGUACCAAUCCUAUGAAGAAACAAAUUUAUGGAAAUUUGUGGAAAACCUGCCUCAAGGUGUGCAUGUCAAUUUUUUGAAAGCUGAGAGAAGCUUACACAGGUGGGCCCUUGGAGAUCUCCAGAGAAUUCAUGCUGCUGAGGAGCUGGCUGCUGAUGGUGGAGGUGGAGUUGAAAUGCAUGUCCUUGAAGAUGCUGGACAUUGGGUUCACGCAGAUAACCCAGAUGGUUUGUUCAGGAUUUUAUCAUCUUCUUUCCAGGGAUUCUGAUGGGGAAGUAACUAAUGCAUUUUUCUGGUUGCUGCACGUAACAUGUUUUUGGGGAGAACAUUUCAACAAAAUUGGUAGUCGUUCUAUAUCCAUUUUCUAGUCCCUAAUAUCGGUUUCAAAUUUGAGGAGUAGUUUAUAUAGACCAGUGAUUUUGGCAUGUGGAAGAUGAAAAUUAGGGUGAUUAUGAUGAAAGAGAGACUAACUACUACAACACUUUGAAGGUGAGGAGAAACUCCCUAAAACUAUAAAGCCAAAAGAGAAAAUAAAGUUAUUGGAGAAAGCUAAUAACUCGCUAAUUCUGGGUUAGGAGACAAGAUGCUAAUAGAUGUGAAGAAAGAAAAGUUUGUAGUUGAUAUGUGCGGUAAGUUAAACUCUUUGUAUCUGUCUGAAGAAGUUUCAAAUGAGACUUUUCUAUAAUAAAGACUAUUCAGUCUUGGAAUGGAUAAACGAAAA